AUGUCUUGAUCGUAAUUGUCCACAGGACAAGGGGCGAAGCAGGCUGCUUACUUUCCUCGUUUUCUGUUACCAGUCUCUUUGUUGUUGUUUUUGAUGUGUAUAGUUAUUAACUUAGUUUCUAGUUAUCAGCCGUUAGCUCUGUUAAACGUUUCCUCUUUUCUGAAGUUAUCUAUUCAGGAACUUAAAGUACUUUAGAACUGCUGAGCGAUGAGAGCGAACUGAGUCGGGUUUUAUUUAGUGUUUUUUUUUUUUUUUAUUUUAUCGAAAGGAAAAUGUGGAGCGAAAAUAACUGUUUGCGCCUCAUUUAAGCUAACAGAGGUUGUUUACAAAAGCAGACAAGGAGGAAAUGGCACACUGCUAGCAGAAGAAGACGCAUAGAGACGUAGUGGAACAGUGAUAUCCAUUAAUUUGUGUUUUUACAGUUAUUUUUUGGACUAUUUAACAACAGAUUACCUGGCUUUUAGUGCUUGUCGUAGUACGAAAAUCCCACAUGGAUUCACCAAUGGAGAACUGAGUGUCAGCUGACACUUGCCCCCUCUCAACAUGCUAGCUCUGAGGCAGGAGCAGCGCAGACGAGGGGGUGGUGAAGUUGAUCGCCUGAAAAAAGGGGCCAUCAUGAGCCCCCAGUCGGGGAGGUCCCCUUCUCAUGAGCAGGGCAUAAAUAUCAGGGAGAAGAUCUCACAGUGGGAAGGUCGCAGCCAACAGAGUCAGGACACUGGGGUGAAAUCACGUGCUCCAAUUGUAUGUCGCAGUCUGUCCGGGGAUCUACUGGGCAAUGGACUUUCCAAUGCGGGUUCAAAAGGAGGGCUUCAUGCCAAAGCCACCCUCUCCAAAUCUAAAAGUGUAGGCUUAGACUUUCGGGAAAUCCAAGAACGUUGUGGACCUGGUGUGGUUGGUAGAAAGUCAGAACCCUUGCAAAAAUGUUCCACUGAACUUUUAAUCUCAACUCCAGGAAGUAAACCACUCACAGCACAAAUAUCUGCAUUUCCUAAAGCGAACACUGCAGUUGAAAACUCUACAGUGAAACAAAUCUUCACUACCAAUGGCAGCAAAAAAAUUGGCUGUGUAUUGGAUAUUGAAGUAGUUUCUAAACCUCUACCUCUGUCAGCUGAUGACCAAGAAGACGGCAUGCCUGCUGGGAACUUCUACACUUCACGGGGCUUUUGGCGGAAACUCGAGGGGGACAAAUUACUUUGGGAGAAAGGCAGAGAGUCUACAGGUGAAGCUCAGCCUCCUCCCAAACCUCAGCGGACGUUCCAGUACCAGGGAGCCAACGACAACACAAGGCGAAAAGUAACCUCUCAUAACAAGCACUCUAGUGUGAGGAGGAGCAGGGUUGCACACCCGCCCAGCUUCCCACCUCCUCCAUGUCCAGUUGCAAAGACCAAUGGGAUUUCACGGCAUUCGAAAAACAGGAAGUCCUUUGAGUACGAGGAUGCAGAGCGUUUGACAGCAAAGCCAGGCUCUUUGGGAGGUGAGGCUCGGAACUCGGGCCUAUACCAUGCCUACUCUGACGACAAUAUAUAUGAGGACAUCAUCUGUGACAUGACCAGAGAUAACCCCUACGAGGAUGUCAAACUCUCUCCAGUGUGUCUCCCUAUUGUCAGACCUCAUGGCCCAAAGCCUCCUCCAAAACCUCACACUUUACAAGGCCAUGCUGGCAGAGUGGAGAGAAAGGGGUUCCAAGCAUCUACAGCAUCCAAAGCCCUAACCCUUUUAGAUAAUCCUAAAGCAGCUCCAGCACGAUGUGCAACCACUCAGAAAACACUGCGGAUUCCUCAGUAUGUCAACAAGAUCGAGACCAUUUUCGACGACAAGCGAGGGAGGAAGAGAGUGAAGAACCAGGGAGUAGCAGUGCGAGAGGAGACCAGCGGGACAGAGAGCGACCCUGAGGACAGCACCAAAGGAGGCUCCAGGAGAUCAGUUUACAUCCAGUCCACACUGAAGCGUCGGCCAGGUUACCGCACCCUGGAGAGAGACCUCAUCCAGCUGCAGCAGCAGCAGCUCUUCCAGAUCUUCGUGGUGGUGUCGCUGAGAAAAAGUUCCCUGGGAAACACCUACUCCCCUGAAAUUACACAACAGUUCCCUAAAAUGUUUGAGAAGUCAUCCCGUCUGUCCAGAGAGGCUGAGGACCAGCUCAAGGUCAUUCCUCAGUUCUGCUUCCCAGACUCACAGGACUGGAAACCCUGUGCACACAUGCCAAGUGAGACCUUCUCCUUUGUCCUGACCGGAGAGGAUGGCAGCCGCUGGUUUUGUUACUGCCGCAAGAUCCUGCCCAGUGGAAAAGGGAAGAGGCUUCCUGAAGUGCACUGUAUUGUGAGCAAAUUGGGGUGUUUCGACCUGUUUGCUAAGAUUUUAGAGUUAGUAGAGAAGCGCAGGGAGAUUUCGCCUGCCCUGGUUUACCCUUUCAUGCGUAGUGUGAUGGAGGCCCCGUUUCCAGCUCCUGGACGCACCGUCACCGUCAAGAGCUUCCUCCCCGGCUCUGGGAAUGAGGUUCUCACUCUGUGUCGGCCUGUGGACUCCAGACUGGAGCAUGUGGACUUUGAUAGUCUGCUGCAGUGUCUCAGCGUGGGGAAGCUCCUGCAGGUGUUUGCUUCUCUUCUGCUUGAGAGAAGGGUUAUCUUCAUCGCUGAAAAACUCAGUGUGUUAUCUAGGUGCAGCCAUGCAGCGCUGGCGUUGCUCUACCCGUUCACCUGGCAGCACACAUUUGUGCCUGUGCUGCCAGCCAACAUGCUGGACAUCAGCUGCUCCCCCACCCCCUUCCUCAUCGGGGUGCUGUCCCCCUACCUUCCAGAGCUGCUGGAGCUGCCCAUCGAGGAGGUGCUCAUAGUGGAUCUGUGUGCAGACAAGUUGUCAUUCAGGUGUCUGGGUGAUGAAGACUGCAUCCUGCCCAGUAAACUGCAGGCAGCGCUGCAGCAGGUCCUGGAGGAGAGAGAAGCCAUCCUGAGUCAGGAGGACGAACACAAUGGAGAGCAGCAGGCAGACCUCAGCUCCCUGGUAUCGGAGGCCUUUGUGCGCUUCUUUGUGGAGUUUGUUGGCCACUAUCCUCUCCACAUGGUUGAGUCGUCUAACGGAAGCAGGGAACUUCAGCGCGACAGCUUCCGCAAGUCUCACCCCUCUCGCGGAGUCCGCCAGCUCCUGCAGCUCUUCAUGGACACUCAGAUGUUUGCUGGAUUCAUCCAAGACAAAGAACUGCGCAAAGGAGGAGGAAGAGGUCUGUUUGAAGUCCGAGUGGCCGAGUAUCUGGAGUCGUACUCUGAGCCAGAGCCCAGUGGUGUGAACAAAUUUCUCAAAGGGCUGGGAAACAAAAUGAAGCUUUUACAAAUGAAAUGAAAAGAAUCCACAUUCAGGCUUUUUGACAUGAAAAGCAGAGCUCCAGUCGCUGCUGGACUGGACUGUGGAUCACAUCCUGUUGGGUCCUGAUGUGAAGGAGGGGGCUGGGAGGAGUCAGGGGACCAGUGUCAUCUCAGACCUGGUCUUGUCUGGAGCCAGGGCACUUCUCAUCAGACUACAACUGGACAGCCUUAUACACAUUGUUUCUACAUUAUUUUAUGAAGCCUUGAAGCCGAGGCUCUGCAGACUUAUGUAUCAAAGUACCGUCAAACAUUCCAGUUACUCCUCAUCAGUUCUUAACUUGAUCAUACAGGAGUAGAGUUGAAUUCAGUCAUCUCUUAAGGUUUUACAUGGGAACAUCUCUAGUUGGUAUAAGUUUUUUGUUUAUGAUUGAUUUCAUCUCCUCUGCACCGUGUGUGCAUUCAUCAGGAAAUGCAACUGAAAUGCCACAUUUCAAUAUUUUUAAACUUUGACCUGAUGCAUGUCUGCAAAAUGUUUCAUGUUUACUUAGGUUGUUUAUGUUGCAUUCCUCUCAGCACAGUCUGUAAAAGCCUUUUGUUUACUCGUUUUCAUUUCAGAUGACUUGGAGGCUUCUGUUUUGUCAUCACAUCAUUUCAAAGUAUUUGGACUCAUCAGUUCAAAUGAUGAUCUGGAUUUUAAGAAAACUGCUUAUGUUCUUUUUGUCCUUGACUGUCUUCUCGUUAUGGUUGUAAAUAUUCUGACAUUUUGCACAAUGUUGAAAAUUAGUGUACAGUAUUUAGAAUAUUUUUGUAUGAAAGCAUGAUGAGUCCUGCAUUCAUGUACAAAUGAAUAAAUGGGUUUCCAAGGACA